GACACUGGAUCACUGGAGUCAAAAGGAAAGGAAGAGAUCUUCACUUUCUACAUAGGAGACAAUCCUCAACUCCUGGACUACUUUUUUUUUGUGUUGUUGGAGAUCUUAGUGUAAUGUGUUAGUCAGCUGUAUGGAUUCCCUGAGCUGAGAGAUGUUUGUGCUGGAGCAGCUGUUCCCAUAUGCUGCCUGUAGUGUGUAGAAGAAGUGUGUGGGUUAGUAUGUUUGGGAUGGAAAAGUGGGGCUUGCACGACAAACAGCUCUGCUCUUAGCUUUACGCCAUGGGGGGUUGUCAUAGUUACCCCUCGGCUACGAAGGCAGACAAGAAGAGUCUUCAGCCUCCUGACUUCAGCAGUGAAAAACUGGGAAUUAAUAACAAUAAUCUGGAGGAGCGACCGUAUCUGCAGCAGCAGUACGUGUGCCAGCUGAUCACACACACAGACAUGUUGGCCCUCAACGCGCUGCCGCCUGGCGUCGACAAGGCAGAGUGGCUUGCCAGCAAUACUGUGGCUUUUUUCAAGCAUAUAAACCUGUUCUCUAGUGCACUGUCUGAGUUCUGCACCCCCACCACCUGCCCCACUGCCUGUGGACCAGGCAACACGGUGUAUGUGUGGACCGAUGACCACGGCAGGAAGCUGAAGUGCUCCGCCCCGCUUUACUUUGACUAUGCCAUGUCAUACGUUCAGGAGCUACUGACUGAUGAAGAUGUGUUCCCCACAAAAGCAGGUUCAGUGUUUCCAACAGGCUUCAUCUUUCUGGUCCAGAAGGUGUUUUUGCUGUUCUUCAGGACUCUGGCUCACAUUUACUGGUCUCACUACAGAGAGACCCUGGCACUGGGCCUGCACCCACAACUCAACACACUCUUCACACACCUCACACUCUUUUGCCGGCAGCACGCCCUGCUGGAGCCGGAGGACACGGAGCCGCUGCAGGAUCUCAUCACAGCUCUGGGACAGCAAUGCUGAACCUAAAGAGCAAACACACAUAUUGCACACUGAUUUCACAUUUACACAAUUCCAUCACACUUAUUAACAUCUUAUUAUAACAUUUUAUAAAGCUAUAUAGCGUCUUUCAUCCCUUUGGGUUAUAUGUCACUUUCUUUGAAGUAUGGAAUUUUUUUAAAGGUCUUGAAGUUGUAACUUAAAAAAUACUGUUAAUACAGUAUUUGGGAGAAAUAAUGAGUCUGUUCUGCUCCAAAAAGCAGUACAUCAGACCAGAAAAGGUGUCUUGUUCUUUUUGUAUAUAUUUAUAACCAGGUAUUGUGAUACUGUGUGAAACAGUAAUUUUGCAUGUCAGUGUAUUUUAACAUAAUGGUGCAUUAUAUUUUGUUAUGGUCAAUAUCUUCAAAGUCAAAAAUGUCUUCCUCAUAGGCUUAACACAGAAAUAAAGAAAACGUUUAAUCAUUCAGUUCACAAUCAAUAUAAACAACAUGUGCCAUCAUUAUAGAGUUUGAACUUGUGACCACACUGUUGUGACUGCAUCUGAGUGGAAUGACACUCACAGCUUAUUUUUGCAUCUGCAUUAUGUAUGAUUCUGUACACCAAAAUAAACAUCUUUGAAAGAGCA